GCCCCUGGUAAGAACAAGGCCCGAAGAGGAAAGUCACCCAUGCUGGGUACAGCAUAAUGAAGCUGCCUGGGGAGUGGAGAAGGCUUCAAGGAGAGGUUCCUUCUUUCCCGUUAGAGAUCCUGGAGCUUUUUCUGAGGGAUCUCAGCAAGGGACACCAUGGCCCCCCUACCAGGAUCACAGGGCUUAAUGAGGUGUAAUGGGUUUUCUUUCUGCUUCAUGGAUACAGUCCUCAGGUGGCUCUGAAAGGUACAGAAACAUCAAGUGCCUCUACAAAGAAAUAAGAAAUUACUGAAGGGUCAUUUUCUGGAGAAAGAAUACAGGGUGUCAUGAGGCUUGACCUGAUGGUGCCUCCCUGUGGAUGCUAAAGGCCAUGAAGAGGCAGCUAAGGAACACGGAAUGAAGGGGGCUGCCCACUCCACUGGAAGUAUCCCUGUACAAAGGCCCGGUGGCAUGAAAGUGCCUGAGGCACCAAAAGAGGAAGAGGUGACAAUGGAGAAGGACCCAGGAUUUUAUCAGUCAAGUGAAAAGCUGCUUUUUAUCCUAAGAUUACUGGAAAGCCUUCAGAGGGUUUUAACUAGGAAGGUGGUGUCAUGAGGAGGAAAACAAAAGUGGCUUGUGUUGGGCCCUUGUAUCUAGUAGUAGCAACGACAGAAUCACAUUCCAACAUAUGGUAGGUAGUGGUAUUUGGAUUAUAGUAAUGACCACAGUGACGUUGCCACCCACAAGCUGUAUUCUUCAGUCCCCUGAAUAAUUUAUAGGAAGUAGACUUACUGUCUUCAUUUUACAGAUGAGGCGGCAGUUCAAAGGAAGGGGCCACCUGGUAGUGCUUACCUAGUAUGCAUAGGGCACUUCAAUCUCUAGUACCACAAAAUAAAAAGAGAGUAAGUGGGAGGGAAGGAAGGAAAGGAGGGAAGGGGCUGGCUAGGAAAUGGAAACACCUAGACUGGGAAGAGCUGGGCACAGGGAGCGGCCCAUCCUGUUGGUUCACCCCACCAAGUUCAUUCCAUGUGGACUCUAGUGACUUCAUGUUGCCAUAUCCUGUGAGUCUGCUCUCUUGCCUGUUUCUCAGCAGGGUUUGACAGAGCUGACACUGUCUCUGAAGACGCCUUUUCCUCUUGCUUCCAGGAUACCCUGCUCUGGUGUCUACCAGCUUCUGGGGCCGCUUCUCUAACUCUUUGCUGAUUCUUCCUCUGUCCUGUGAGGCAGGUCCUGGGCGAGAUUUCCCUCUAAGCCCUCUCCUCUGUGAGCUGGCCUAUCUGCUUACUUGUCAUCCAUGUGAAGGCAGCAUAAAUCUGUAUCAAGCCUCCCACAUGUUUAUCUUAAGGUUCUGAGUGGCCACUUGACAAUCAUCUCAAGUUUCACAUAUCUGAAGACAGUCAUGAAAUGCCUUCUACCUGCACCUGUUCUGAAAUCAUGGCACUGGGUCUCCCCAGCACAUGCCAUGUACACACCAUCUCACGUGCAUGUGCUCAGGAGCAAAACCACACACACAGUCCUGCCUCCAGGACAUCUCUCUGUCCAUCCUCAUGGCCACCAGCUGCUCUCAUCCAGGCAACCUCCAGGGCCUCUACCUGGAAUCUUCUCCCUCAGGACUUAGGAAGAAGUCCUAAGGUGUCACUUCCUUGCGGAAGUAUCACUGACCCCACUCUCUCAGUUGCCAGGGUAGCCAUAAUAAAAGACCCCAGACUAAAGGGCUUGAGCAAUAGAAAUGUAUUUUCUCACAGUUCUGGAGGUAGAAGUCCCACAUCAUAAAGUUGGCAGAGUCAGCUUCCCCUGAGGCCUUGCUCCUGGGCUUGCACAUGGCUGCCAUCCCACUACCCUCACAGGACUGGCCGUCUGUGUGCACACGUUCCUAGUGUCCCCUUGUGAAUCCAGAACUCUUCUCAUAAGGACACCAGUCAGAUCAGACUGGGGCUUGCCCUGAGGGCCUCCUUUUUACUUACCUCUUUAAAAGCCUCAUCUCCAAAUGCAGUGGCAUAUAGACCAUUCUACAGUACUGGGAUCAAGGCUUCAGUAUACUCAUUUUAGGGGAACACCAUUAGCCUCUAACACCCUCCAUUCCAUUCCCGCUCCGCAGCACCUGUAUCCAGUACUAGUACUUAGAAGAACUAUGCCUAUGCCUUUGUUUUUUGACUUUCAAGACACAGCAGAGUAUGUUUCAGGGAGGACGAGGGCACAUCUGUCUUACUGCUUGCUUCCACCCUGGUCCUAUCACAUGAGCAAGCAAUGCCUGACCAAUGGUGUCCUGAGAAUUCUCCGCCUCUGUGGAAAGCCCUCAGAUGGCAUUCCAGGUCAUACCCACAUUUUCUGUCACAGAUCAGAAGCCAAUGACCUGGCCCUGCGCCUGGCUCGCUGCUACACAGGACACCAGGAUGUGGUAGUAUUAGACCAUGCUUAUCACGGUCACCUGAGCUCCCUGAUCGACAUCAGCCCCUACAAGUUCCGGGACCUGGAUGGCCAGAAGGAAUGGGUCCACGUGGCUCCUCUCCCAGACACCUACCGGGGCCCUUACCAGGAGGACCACCCCAAUCCAGCUGAGGCCUAUGCCAACGAGGUGAAGCACCUGGUGAGCAGUGCACAGGAGAAGGGCAGGAAGAUUGCAGCCUUCUUUGCCGAGUCCCUGCCCAGUGUGGGUGGCCAGAUCAUUCCCCCUGCCGGCUAUUUCUCCAGGGUGGCAGAGCACAUCCACAGGGCCGGAGGGCUCGUUGUCGCAGAUGAGAUCCAGGUUGGUUUUGGCCGAGUAGGCAAGCACUUUUGGGCCUUCCAGAUGCAGGGGGAAGACUUUGUCCCUGACAUUGUCACCAUGGGCAAGUCCAUCGGCAAUGGCCACCCUGUUGCCUGUGUCGCCACCACCCAAGCGGUGUCAAGAGCAUUUGAAGCCACUGGUGUGGAAUACUUCAACACAUUUGGUGGAAAUCCUGUGUCCUGUGCUGUGGGACUGGCAGUCCUGGAUGUCUUGGAAAAGGAGCAGCUCCAGGCUCAUGCAGCCAGUGUGGGCAACUUCCUGAUGGAACUCCUCAGCCAACAGAAAGCCAAACAUCCCAUCGUUGGAGAUGUCAGGGGUACUGGGCUCUUCAUUGGUGUGGACCUGAUCAAAGAUGAGGCCAUGAGGACACCAGCAACACAGGAGACUGAAUACGUGGUAUCCAGGCUUAAGGAUAAGCACAUUCUGCUGAGCGCUGAUGGCCCUGGGAGGAACGUCCUGAAGUUUAAGCCCCCAAUGUGCUUUAGCCUGGACAACGCACAGUAUGUGGUAGCAGUGCUGGAUGACAUACUAACAGAUAUGGAAGAAAAAUUGAGAAGUUGUGAGACACUGAGGAUCCAGCCCUGAGACAGCCCAGAAGAUACUCAUCCUACUUAAAUACUAACAGAACCCAGACUUCCACCUAACAGAUAAAAGUACGCCUCUGAGGCCAAACUGCCUGCCACCCCCACCCCUGGUCAGUCCAUUGUUGUGAUGUCUGAAUCUCAGCAGGAACUGCAGUGAGAUUUACUGGGGGUGGGGUGCUUCUACCUAUAAAUAAAUAUUAAUGGUUUGCUUAAGAAUAGUUCUGACACCCAUUAAAAACA